AUGAUCAUAAGCAACCAGCAUGAUGGGAAAGUUCUCGUGACAAGUCCCGAUCCGCAACUGGAACCCUACUUCGGGUACCUUCCUAAUGUUUCUCUUCUAGAUGAUCAUCUCACGGUGGGUGAAAGCAACAAUGCAUCGCUUGAAAUCAUCACGCUGUCUCCACCUCAUCAAAAAACGCAUGAGUCGAACAAACAACAGGAUUCUGACUGGUCACAAAACAAAAUAACGACAUCGUCGACCACUGGGUCAUCUGAAUCAAUUCGAGCGUAUAAUUUCACCUCCAACUCGAACUUGGAUGUAAACAAAAUAGACGAAUCCUACGCAACAAUUGCAGAAAGGACAACAUCUACCGCAAUCGCUUCAACCUCGGUUCCAGUUAAUGUUGCGGAACAGGGUGAUCUCAUCAUCUUAGAACAUAGUCCGGAUGAAACACUUAAACUGCACAACGGAAGCAUGCACAUGAAGCAUGGUGAAUUAACAGGGGAGGAUCGAGAAGACUCAAACGGAAGUAGGGAGAAUACGACCAGUUUGCAUUCAGAUAUGAAAGAAGAUUACAAUGAUCCGGAUGAGGAUUUAUUCUUUUGGAGACCAGAGUAUGAAAACAAACGACUACAAAUGAUUGUUCGCGACAAUCGAACCGACGGUAAAUGCAUUCCUUAG